AUUGCUUUGGUGCUACGUGGACCGGAAGUAGAUGCGUCGCGAUCGGGAGCUCCGGAGUUUCGGAGCUAACUCCAAAACAACCACGUAGAAAAGAGUCCACGGCCCGGUUCUGAGCAGGAACAGAGGGAGACAUUUCCCUCUCCGUUCGGUGUGACUCUGAGGGAUUUUAUUGCAUGUCCGCACUUCACUGGGGCUCUAAUGGCGAAACAAACCCCGCCGUUUACGAGUUGAUUAGCUGGAGAAGCGGCCUAGCAGGCUAGCAGUGACGCCUUGGGUUUUGGUGACAAGUCGCUAUGAGAAAAAGUGACCAUGUGGUGUUGAAUGAGAUUUGAACAAACUGAACUCCGUGUAAAAUGAGUUGGUUUAACGCUUCCCAGCUGUCCAGCUUCGCCAAACAGGCUCUGAGCUCGGCGCAGAAAUCCAUCGACCGAGUCCUGGAUAUACAGGAGGAGGAUCAGUGGGGCGACGCCAUAACGCCCGUUAUUGACGAUGUACAGAGCCAGCCGUCGCCCACGGGGUGGGGGAUGAAUCAGUGGGACUCUCCUUCAGAAGAAUGCCCAAAGGUGGCCACGCCUACAUCCGAGGCCAUCACCAAACCUGUCACCCGCACCAUGGUCGAAGAAACCGAGAGUUUCUUCAGUGCCUUCUUGUCUCCUGGAGACGGCCAGCCGGUUCAGACGACUCCAGUGGUGUCCGUGGCGCCGACUAAAUCCUAUCGCCGGCCGCAGGAGAAAUCGGAAAAAGAAGCGCGACCUGCUGCCGAGGAUGACGUAGACUCUUCCACGCUUUCUCAGGAAGAUUUGAGCAAACAAGGCAGUGGACAAGUACCAGAGAUUCAGCUAGAGGACAUGACGCCAAAGGAAGAAGCGUCCGUUCUGGAGCAAACUGAACCAGCAAAGGAGAUUGAGAGCAAGCCAGAAACGCAGGAUUCCAACUUAAGUCCGCAAGUCGCACAAGCUGAAACGGAAACGCCUGCGGAACCCGAGUCGAAAGUCGAGAGCGCUGGUUCUGCCGACCCUAAAAGCCCCGGGAGAGAGCCUCCCAAAGACGUGAUGUUGGAAUCCAAAGAUGCGAAAGCAGAAGAUAGGCAAAGCGACACGCCGUCUCCACCUGUUAGCGCCUUCUCAUCCGGUACCUCCACCACCAGUGACAUCGAAGUGCUGGACCACGAGAGCGUCCUCAGCGAGAGCUCAGCCAGCUCCAGGCAGGAGACUGCCGAAGGUAAAGCAGGGUUGCACCUCAUGCAGGGCUCUUUCCAGCUCCUCUCCGCUUCAACCUGCAGCGAUUUCCCACGUCUGGACGACUACCCGAAGCUGACGGAGAGCUGCGGCUCCUCGUCUGAUGCUUUCGAGCGCAUCGACUCAUUCAGCGUGCACUCUCUGGACAGCCGCAGUGUAAGCGAAGUCAACUCGGACGACGAGGUCCCCGGAAGCCGCACUCUGGCAUCCGUUACCGCCGGGACGAGCCUGCCCCCAGCUGUAUCUGCAACGCAGACCAAUCAGGAGCAGGAAGAGGCAGAGCCUGGAACGACUGACUGUCUAAAGGACCAAUCGGUGGAUGAGAUGGAGGAGAGCGGGAGAAGCGCAACUCCGGUGAACUCUGAACAGCCGGAAGAGCUGCUGGAGGAGGAGCACGAGUCUGAGGAGCACGAGUCUGGGUCACAUCUCACUUUGAUUAAUGAAAGAACUGAACCUGAAGAGUCACAUGACACAGUAGAAUCACCCAUAACCGAGGAGCAGAAAGGAGCCUCCACCUGCCAGCUUCUAGAGCUUCAGAAGACAGUUAAUGAUCUUAUAGGAAGACUGGAAAAACGAGAAGCCCAGCUGUUAGCUGUGAGCAAAGACAAAGCUCGGCUGGAAGAGGACUGUGAUAACCUUAAAGAUGAGAUGAUCAGUCUGAGGGAGGAGACCGCCAGCGUGCAGUCUCUGAAAGACGAGUUUACGCAGCGUAUCGCUGAUGCAGAGAGGAAAGCCCAGCUCGCCUGCAAGGAGCGUGACAUUGCCAAGAAGGAAAUCAAGGGGCUUAGAGAAGAGCUUUCGACCAGGUUCAACUCCAGCGAAACCCUGGAACUGAUCAGAGAAAAAGAGGAACAGAUCAGAGGCCUUCUAGAAGAGGGCGAGAAGCUGUCCAAGCAGCAGCUGCAGCACUCCAACAUCAUCAAGAAGCUGAGGGCAAAGGAGAAGGAGAGCGAAACGAAGAUCGCCAAGCAGUCCAAGAAACUCAAAGAGGAAGAGGACGAACUGAAACAGCUGCAGCAGGUUCUAGACGCGAAGGAGGAGCUGGAGAAGCAGCACCGAGAGAGCAUUAAGAAGCUGAACUCUGCCGUGGAGCGUCAGGAGAAGGAACUGAGCAGCCUGCAGACUGAAAACGAUGAGUUGCAGGAGAAGAACCGAAGCCUGGAGGCCGCUGUUGAUGCCGCUUACAAAGAGCUUGCUGAAAUGCACAAGUGUAACGCUACGAAGGCCAGCGAGGCACAGGAGCUAGCUCUCAGCCGUGAAGUCCAGGCCAAGGAGGAGCUCAGCCUGGCAUUGGACAAAGCCCAGGAAGAGGCCCGCCUUCAACAGGAGGCAUUGGCCAAUCAGGUGGCAGAUUUGAGGCUGGCCCUGCAGAGAGCUGAGCAGCAGCAGGCCAGGAAGGAGGAUUACCUGCGAGAGGAGAUCAGCGAGCUUCAGCAGAGGUUGCAGGGAGCAGAGACCAGAAACCAGGAACUUAGUCAGAGCGUUACCUCGGCGACGAGGCCCCUCCUCAGGCAGAUCGAGAAUCUGCAGUCUAAUCUGGGAUCUCAGACGGCAUCCUGGGACAAACUGGAGAAGAACAUCUCGGACCGUUUAGCCGAUGCUCAGGCCCAGCUUGCUGUUGCGGUAGAGAAGGAGCGCUCUGCGACAGAGGAACUCCACGCUAUCAAGGCUCAGCUGGCUUCUCUGGAUUCCCAGAAUUCCUCACUGCGGCAGGAGAAGGGAAGACUGCAGGGUCAGUUGGACGUGGAGAGGACUCGGCGCGAGACGCUGGAGAACGACAGCAGCAGGGAACGUGUUGAACUAGAGAACCUGAAAGGCGAGUACACUCGAGCUCUGGAAGAUGCCAAAAAGGAGAAGUUGCUUCUGACAAACCAGCUUGAGAUGGAGAAAGUGAAGGUGGAGCAGGAGAAGAAGAAAUGCUACCUCGCACAAGAGGCCUUGAAGGAAAAGGAGCGUAAGGGUCUGAGUGUGUCGCUGAGCGAGCCUCCUGCAUCCUCUACUCCAUCUCUGUCUCGCUCCAGUUCCAUUAGCGGGGUGGAUCACAGCGGCAUACACACCUCUCUGCUCUCCCACGAGGACUCUCCUGAUCACUCGUUCGCCUCCGUGACCCUCAGCGGGAGCAGCCUGUACGAAGCAGCGCGUCUCAGCGGAGGCUCCAACAUCAUCGAGAACCUGCACUCGCAGCUCAAACUGCGUGAGGGAGAAAUCGCACAGCUCCAGGUGGAGAUCUCAAAUCUGGAAAGGACUCGCUCGGCGAUGGCAGAAGAACUGGUGCGGCUCACUAAUCAGAAUGACGAGCUGGAGGCCCAAGUGAAGGAGAUCCCCAGAUUCAGAGUGCAGCUCAAGGACCUGGAGCAGAGGCACAACACCAUUCUGCAGAUGUACGGAGAGAAAGCAGAAGAGGCCGAGGAGCUGCGGCUCGACCUGGAAGAUGUCAAGAACAUGUACAAGACCCAAAUAGACGAGCUGCUCAAGAACCAGAAAUAGCCGACGCGUCAAAGCCUACGUGCGUUUACUGUAAAACCGAAAAGCUGGAACGCAGAAGCUUCGUGGUGUGCACAGACUUAUGGUUGUAUUCAGUGAAGAUGUUUGUUUUUUUUUCUUCUCAUUAUCCUGGGAGCUGAGGUCAGAAAUGUAAUUUUUUGUAUUUUUAUUUGAUCAUUAGCAGACUUGAAUCAGACAAGCUCUUGUCUCGUAGUGUCUCUUAGCCGUCGACUCGAGGCACAUCGAUUUGCACUUUCAAGAUGGCCAUUAGGAUAGAAGCCUUUUUAUCUCCUGAUGCUCGAUAUUUAACAAUAAUUAUAUUAGAGGAGCGGUUUAUUUGUUCUGACGCAUUGAGAAAUAAACAGAUCUUCACUUUGGCAA